CUGGUAACCAAUUUACAAAUAAAAUGCGCAGUAGAUAACUGCGCUUGUCUUCUGAAAAGGAUCCGCAGCAAGUGGAAGGAAAGCUGGCUUUUCUCGAUUCUUCCUAAUGCCCUGCAGCUGAUUUUGGUAUAGCAACUCCUUUUUAAUUUCCAUCUUUGAACAUAACAACCUAGCAAACAUGUCUGAAUCUGAUGAGUGCCCGCUUUGUAUGGAAGUAAUGGAAAUUGAUGAUCUGAAUUUCUUCCCAUGUUCUUGUGGAUAUCAGAUAUGCAGGUUUUGUUGGCAUAGGAUACGAACUGAUGAAAAUGGGUUAUGUCCUGCAUGCAGAAAGCAAUACUCUGAAGACCCUGCAAUGUACCAACCACUUUCGAAAGAUGAGAUCCAAAAGAUAAAAAGAGAAAGAAAACAGAGAGAGGCUCAACGGAAGCAAAAAAUAUCAGAAAGUAGGAAGCAUCUAUCAAAUGUCAGGGUUAUACAGAAAAAUUUAUUAUUUGUUGUUGGCUUGUCUCAGAGGCUGGCAGACAUUGAGCUUUUGAAGAAACAUGAAUACUUUGGAAAAUAUGGGAAAAUCAUGAAAGUUAUUAUAAAUCCAAGUACAAAUUAUGCUGGUCCCCAAGGUCCAAGUGCCAGUGCAUAUAUAACAUAUAGCAAAGAAGAGGAGAAUUUGAAGGCCAUAUUAGCUGUAAAUAAUAUCCAACAAGAUGGCAGAACUUUGAGAGUAUCACUAGGAACAACAAAAUAUUGCACCCACUUUCUACGAAAUAUGCAGUGUAAAAAUCCAGAUUGUAUGUAUUUGCACGAAAUGGGGGAUGAUAAUGCUUGUUUUACUAAAGAAGAUAUGCAGCAAGGGAAGCACCUAGCCUAUGAGAGAGAUUUAUUAGAAAACUUUCAAAAAACGCAGUUGAUACGAAGGAAAAGCCAAGAUAUUGAGCAGGAGCCUCAACAAUGUCAGCAAAAAGAAGAGUGGCCACAAGAAAUUAAUGAAGGAAAUCAGAAUUCGGCAUUACCUGCCAGAGCUGCUUGGGCUGAAAAGGAAUGCGAAAAGGACGCCAAUGAACUUGAAAAAGAGCGGACAGAAGAAGAUCCACAGUUAAGCUCAUCUUGGUCUUCUGGUAGCGAAUUUAAAGACAGACCAGAGAUCGGCAAUGAUGAACCUAAAAUUGAAAGAAGUGAUUCAUUUACAAGCAAUAGCCCUGCAAUACUUGGAAGUAGUUUACCGAAGGAGAUCUUACACCCAACAUUUGCAACCGGAUGGGCCACGUCUGAGGAGACAAAAGAAUUUAGCCAGACACCGAAUGGCCCAGUUGAAGACCGCAGUGACUCAUCAUACAUGUCUUCCUUUUGGCCAGUCAGCGAUCUUGGAUUGAAGAACCUACGAGUGACAAAUGAUGAUGAAUUAGGCUUCGAUCCAUUUGAUGAAUGCAACAAAGGCUUAGCAGACCUUUUGGCUUCUGAGAAACAAGCUGCACUUGGAAGCAACAUCCAAGAAGUGAAACCAAAUGCGAGUCGGGCAACAUGGCCCGAUUUAACGGCAGAUACAAGCAAAGAUAUGUUUACUCAAAUAAACAAAGAUGUUAGUCAACAAUAUUCGUUAUUUGGAAAUACAUCACAAGGGCUGCAUGGCAAUUCGUUUUUUGGAUCGUAUUUCAAUAUGCAACAAAAUCCAACAACUUCAGGACAUCACCAAUUGUUUGGACCUGAACACGGUUCCCCUUUCCAGCAAGCAAACAACUUCGGACAGAAUGCACAACAACCUCAGAAGUCAAAGUCAAAUGGUACAGAUGUUUUGGCGUGGCAAGAUGGACUUAGAGCUCUGCUGCCUAAUGUGAAUAUUAGUUUCUCGGCGUCGAAGAGGCCUCCGCCCGGUUUUGAUUCCUCGUCAUCGCAGUUAGAGAGCUCUAUUUGGACCAAAAUCAAUCAAAAUGAAAAGCAAAACACAUCGCCAUCAGGAAUUCAACCACAUCCUUUUCCAACGCAGGCAAAUGUUAAGCCCGGGUCGGUGAAUGUCCCGGCUCCGGAUCAAAUGCCACACCCGGUCACCCCAUGGAAUGCCAUUGUAGGUAGAGCCCAUGCUAGUACAGGCCCUUUGCAGGAAAGCCUUUCAAGUCAAGGUGUGGAAGUGAAGACCACUGUAAAGCCAGUGACUGCAUUUGCGAAAGGGAACCCAAUGAAAAGUCAAAAACCCACUGCAAAAGUGAAGCCUCAAAUGAAAUGUGUGGUCUCACCAACCGUGGAGGCACAGCCAAUCAUCCAGCAAGCAGCGGACGGCCGCCCAUCGUCUUUGUCACGCAUGAACGAUCUCGAUGAUAUCAGCUUGACAGAUCCCUUGCCCCUCCCUAUAAACAGUGGUGCAGGAACCACAGGUAAUGUGACGAAAGAGCAGUCAAAAGAGGAUUUGCCGGUGGAGGUUGCGUUUCAGGUUGGCACUCCAAAGAAGUCUUCAAAGAAAAAGAAGAAAACCAAAGAAAGGCCAGAGAUGAGAAAGUUAGAAAAACCUACAGACAAGGAGACAAAUGGAAAAGUGAAGCAAGAAAAGGGGAAAAAAGAGAAAAUAAAUGAAAAAAUCAAGCCUGAGAAGAUGAAAGAGCCGAUUAAGAUUCAGCAGAGGCCAAAACAGCCUGAAAUUGUGAAAAAUGACCUAAGGCAAGGCAAGCCCCCGUCUACAAAUGUGAGGCCCGACCCACCGAAAAUAAGAAUUCUAAAGACCGAUACUCCUAGCAUAAGUGCAACAACAACUAUGACGCAAUCGUCCCCAAUGGAAUCAGGGGGUAAGGGCUAUCCAGGAUUGCAGGAAGGGCAUGAGGUGUUUAGCAGGCUGGCUGAAUCAACCGAAAAGUUACUGCAAACUGUAUUGUCUGAAACAGAGGUCAUUAAAUCGAAUACUGAACAGAUAUCGAAAGAUCUGAAGAGUGCUUUGGAGAAGUACAAAAAGGAGCCUACGCUAUCUGAUGCAGACUGGAAGAAAAUAAACUAUUUGCUGUCCUCACCAAUGGCCAAUGGCCACAUGCAAGGCAAGGCACAGAAGCCUCUUAUUGAUACGCUAGACCUUGAGCGUCAAGUCGAGUCUGCAAAAAAAGAGGCUGAAAUUUUGGAAGUCCGUUUAAAUGACGUCAUCAGGAAGAACAUGGCUACCGAAGUAGAGAACAACGGAAAAAACAAAUAAGAUCUAGUGUUUUUAGAACUUUGACGAAAGAGGGAAAUGCUUAGAUUGCUGUGCGAAAAUGGAUUGCUUUAUUGUACUGCCGCUGCUAAGAUAUUGACUUAACAUUCAGACUUUUUUGUAAUUGAUGUUACCAUAGAAUUGCUUUGAAAAGAAUUGAUAAGUGUUUGAACUGUGAAAUGUGCCAGUGAAUGUGUUAAAAGAAAUAAUAAAUUUA